AUGGCGGACGGCGGCAACGGCGAAAAGGUCAACACCAACAUCGUCACCCUCACCCGCUUCCUCAACGAGGAGCAGACGAAGCACAAGGAGGCGACCGGUGACUUUACCCUCCUCUGCCAUGCCCUCCAGUUCUCCUUCAAGUCCAUCGCCUACUACAUCCGUCGGGCGACGCUCGUCAACCUCACGGGCCUCGCGGGCUCCGCCAACAGCACGGGCGACGACCAGAAGAAGCUCGACGUCAUCUCCAAUGACCUCUUCAUCGAGGCCAUGCGCUCGUCGGGCAAGUGCGCCCUCCUCGUCUCGGAGGAGGAGGACGACGUGAUUUACUUCAAAAAGGCCGACGGCGCCCGGUACGCCGUCGCCUGCGACCCCAUCGACGGCUCCUCCAACCUCGACGCCGGCGUCUCCGUCGGCACCAUCUUCGCCGUCCACAAGCUCCCCGACAACUCCGAGGGCACCAAGGAGGACAUCCUGAAGCCCGGCACCGAGCUCAUCGCCGCCGGCUUCACCAUGUACGGCGCCUCGGCCCAGCUCGUCCUCACCAUGAAGGGCAGCACCGUCAACGGCUUCACCCUCGACAACGGCAUCGGCGAGUUCAUCCUCACCCACCCCGACAUGCGCAUGCCCAAGUCGCGGGCCAUCUACUCGGUCAACGAGGGCAACUCGCUCUACUGGGAGGAGCCGACGGUGAACUACUUCAACUCGCUCAAGAAGGCCCAAGCCGACGGCAAGCCCUACAGCUCGCGCUACAUCGGCAGCAUGGUCGCCGACGCCUACCGCACCCUCCUCUACGGCGGCAUGUUUGCCUACCCGGCCGACAAGAAGAGUCCCAAGGGCAAGCUGCGCAUCCUGUACGAGUGCGCGCCCAUGGCCAUGGUCUUUGAGAACGCCGGCGGCCAAGCGCUCGACAACAACAUGAAGCGUAUGCUCGAGGUUCACCCGGAGCACAUCCACGAUCGCUCCGGCAUCUUCAUGGGUAGCUACGACGAGAUGGAAAAGGUCAAGAUGUUUCACAAGAAAUGA